UAUAAAUGUCAUUCGCCGUUUCCCGCGCUAAAUCUUUACUUGUGGCGUAUGUAGAAGCAGCUGAGAUUGAUUUUUGAUUUAUAAUUCCUUUUGCAAAAAAGUAAUAUGUCUGGACGCGGCAAAGGAGGUAAAGGAAAGGCGAAGGCAAAGUCCCGUUCCAAUAGGGCGGGACUGCAAUUCCCGGUAGGCAGAAUCCAUCGCUUGCUGAGGAAAGGAAAUUAUGCUGAACGCGUGGGUGCUGGGGCCCCAGUCUAUCUAGCAGCCGUUAUGGAGUAUCUCGCCGCAGAAGUGCUCGAGUUGGCUGGAAAUGCAGCCAGGGACAACAAAAAGACCAGGAUUAUUCCCAGGCAUUUACAACUCGCUAUCAGGAAUGAUGAAGAGCUAAACAAACUUCUCUCAGGAGUGACAAUUGCCCAAGGUGGUGUAUUGCCUAACAUUCAGGCUGUGUUGCUACCGAAGAAGACUGGAACCUCUGCUGCUCGGGACAAAACAGGAAAAUCACAGUCCCAAGAUUAUUAAACAUUACUGGAGCAGUCUUUAGCCUAUCUCAAUAGUUUUUGAUAAGUUUUUUAAUAUCAGUUAUGAGUAGUCCUAAGGAACUUCUGUCUAAAAAGAUGAUCACAGCAUUAUUUGUUGAGUGUAGUCUUGUUUUGUCACUGUCCUGUAUGAGUAAGAUUAUCUGUAUUACUUUGAAUAAAUUGUUUGGUUGUACAAAAA